AGACUUAUCUUUCGCACAUCAGUUUCAUAUCAAUUUUCCAAUGUGUCCGCGUCAAGUCCUUCAUACAACAAAUAUGCGCCAUCUUAUCAAAAAUCUCAUUGUUGCUUUAGUUUUUUAUCAGCAAUUUGUAGAAAUUCAGUCUAAAACAAAAUGUGUUGGAGAGUCCGGAGAAUACGUUGAUUGGUAUAUUGUAUACAAACUGCCAAAAAUUAGAGAAUCAGAUUUUUACUAUGUAAAAGAAGGUCUCGGUUAUGCAUAUAUGGACGAAAACAAAAGACAAUUUGCAAUGAUUGACAAACCAAUCAGCAGUGAUAAGAGUGCAGUGGGACGGACAUUACAGCAGAUUUAUCAAUCUCGAUAUAAAGUAAAUGGUUUGAGCCCGGGAAACAUACAAUCUCGACAUGUUGGCUACGUUAUGUAUAAUGAUGCUAAACCAGAAGAGCACGGAUCAUCUUUUUAUGGUCAUACCAAAGGUGAUCUAGCAUUCGAUGGAACAUCGGGAUUCUGGCUGGUUCAUAGUGUUCCAAAAUUUCCACCUUAUGCUGAUGAAUACUACGACUAUCCUGAGUCAGGAAAACGUUAUGGACAAUCGUUUUUGUGUGUUUCCUUUAACUAUUCUAUGUUUAACGAAAUUGCUCUCCAACUUCUGUACAACGGUCCUCAAAAAUACGAUUACUAUCUACCAGAUGUUAUGGCAAGUGACUUGCCAAACAUGAAAAAGGUUGUCGAAGGUAAAUAUUGGUACGGACAACCAUAUGCACAUGUUUCCAAACUUCAUUCUAUUGGUGGCAUGACUUACAUAAGUUUUGCCAAAAAUAAAAAUUUUGACAGUGAUUUAUACAGCAGUCUGGUUGCACCAUUUUACGCUACUGAUCUUUUGGCGGAGACUUGGCAAAACGGCGAGAGCAAACUGAAGUCAAAUUGCAGUGAAUAUUCAGUAGAAAAUGUUAACGAGGUGAAAGUUUGCGAUAACCAUUUUAAAGAAACCGAUGACCAUUCAAAGUGGGCAAUUUCCAAAUCUUUGGAGACAAAUGCUGUGUGUAUAGGUGACAUAAACAGAAUGGAAAGUCAAUUCAAACGCGGUGGUGGUACAUUAUGUACAGAAAAUAUGGAAACGUGGAGAGAAUUUCGUAAAAGUAUAUUAUCCUACGAAUCGUGUGAUGUAAACUACGACCAGGUGAUUUAAAAAACAUGAAAAAAUACCAUAUGUUCAUAUUCAACAAAUUGUUCAGAAUAAUUGUAGAGUAUGUGUAGCGCAAUAAUCAAAUAAUUACGUAAUGUGAACUAACGAAGAUUUUAAAUUCAACAAUACCUGCAUAAAUAUAUAAUCUCUCAUUUAUUGUCUCAA